AUGGCGUUUCAACCUACACCGGCGGACAUUUCUGUCGCCAUUACCACGCCCAUGGCAAGCUCCAGUGCCGAGCCACGCUUGCUAACAGAGCGUCGUAUCACUCCCACAUGGAGCGUCUCGCAGCUCAAAGGCAAGCUGGAGACCAUGACUGGCGUACCUCCCGGUAGCCAGCGGCUGCUUCUCAAGUCCCCAGGCCGUCCUGACCAAUGGGUUGAAGGUGACGACUCCAUCAUUGGGGAUUGGGGUUUGAUGAAAGGUUGUGAGAUUGAGGUCCACGACACUCGGCCUCAAUCAGCCCGGCCAAAUUUCACCGACCUAUCAUCCGUCGAGAAAUACGUCCUUCCUACAUCCACCUACGAAUCACUCUCGAACUCCGUCCUAGCAUGGAAGAAGAACCAAAAACUUGGCCGGUUCGAUCCAAACGCUCUAACCCCCGAAGAGUCGAUCCGCCAGCAAUCAGAGAGAGAUGCGGCGGAGAUUCAACAAAGAGGUAUUGCUAUUGAUAAACGUGCUAUCGUCUUGCCCUCGUCCCCGCCUCAUAUCCGACGAGGAACGAUUCGGUUUGUUGGUCCAGUGCCUACGAUCCCUUUCCCGGGCGCUCUCCCUAUCUGGGUUGGCAUUGAGCUUGAUGAGCCGUUGGGGAAGAACGAUGGCAGCGUAGGCGGCCAAAGGUUCUUCACCUGCCCGAAUAAGACUGGUGUUUUCGUGAAGCCUGAGAAAGUCGAGGUAGGAGACUUCCCGCCGUUGGAGUUGGAUGACCUGGAUGAUGAAAUCAUGGAGGAGAUUUGA